GAAAAAACGGGUUAGACAGUGUUCUUACUUCAGCUCAGCAGUUAAAAACGAUUUAUGUUGAAUAUUGAAAUUUGCAGUAAAUAAAUAUGAAUGAAAUUGAAAUCAUUUUGUUAUAGAAAAGCAAAUUUUAAUUUCGUGCUGGGACCCGAUUGAGUUUGCUUUUUGCGCGAUGGUAGAGCGAACUUUUAUCGGUACUUGGGAAGUUACAAAUUGUGUAUUAAAUAACUUGGAAAGGUGCACCGCGUCCAAAAAUGACUUGAAUGGUAUAAAGUUUACGCUGGGCGAAAAUGGAGAUGUUAAUUGGAAUGUACCUGAGGAACUUAAGUUUGUGCCUUUGUUUCACUGUGAAAGCUAUGAGUAUCACAUUAGAACAGGUGGUCCUAAAAAAUCCUCUUGUAUUGAUUUACGGUUUGGUGCUUAUGCAGGGCAAAUUUUUGAAUUUAAGGUGUUUAACAUUAAACCUAAAAAACGAAUAAUUUUAACAAGUGAUGAUUUAUGCGAGAUGGAUUGUAUUCAUGUAGAUGAACCUUCAGAUUUGGACAGCUAUGAUGCCCCAUAUACUUUAUUAGCUGCUCUUGAGGAUGGUUAUUUUUCAGAUAUCACAAUUACUGCUUCAAAUAAUAAGUUGUUUAAGGUACAUUCUGCAAUCUUAUGCCUUUUGGGAAGCGACAUUGAUUGGUUAUCUGAUCCACCACCUUUUAGUCAUAUAGAAGAAAAUGUUUUGCAAACUAUUUUACAUUACCUUUAUAUGGAAUGUCUACCGGAAAAUUUACCUAAUUCUACUGCUCGUGACACAAUUAAUAUUGCUUCAAGAUAUAAAAGUUUGGAAGGACUUGUUGAAAGUUGCAGGGAGUAUAUAAAGAGAAUACAACUGAAAGAUGAAAUCUUAAAAAUAGUAAGUGACGCGCAUUCAUGUAUGGAUCAAAUAAUUGAAUACAUCAACCCGAACAAUAAGUACUCGUUACGUCAGGAUAACAUUGCAGCAAGUCCUUCAAAACUUUACUAUGCAAUAAAACAAAGUUUUAGAGAAGAGAUUGUUACUAUUCUCAAAUUCAUUUUACUAUGUGAUAUAUUUACAAAGAAGGUAAAUAAAUUGUCGAGUGAGGAACAAGAUGAAAUUAUGCUUCUCUUAAAAUCAAAAGUUCCCAUAUACAACAACCAGUUCAGAAGAUUUCUGGAAGGACUGAAAAAAAUUUAUCGCUCAAUGUCUGCAACUCAAAGGAUAGAGGUCGCCUCUUUCAUUGUUCCCGAGAUACAAGCGACUGUCGACGCGGUGAUAUCAUUAAUUGAAAAAGUCGAUAAAACAUUGCAGCAAAUAGUACAAGGAUUUAACACAAGAACUUCGCGAAUCCCACUUCGACCAGAGGAAAAUAUUUCAUCCCGAUUGACGAGAAUAAUACACAAAAUGGAAUUCAAUAUUGUGAUAAGUGUCCACGAGAAUGUAAAAAUGGUUUUGGAGGCGUUAAUUCAUAAGAAAGAAAUGUACAGUAAUUUAAACCCUGCUGAAAAAGUUCAAGUCAUAGGAAGAAGUUUAGACUUUUUCAUAAAGGAGCUGCCGAUUUUUUUGAUAAGAUUGGACGAAUUAGUCGAUGUUUUCGAUGAAAAGCUGGAACUUAACGAAUUUAAAUUCUUUUUCAAAGUCGAAACAAGUAAAAUUGCCUACAUAUUGGAAAAGUUGCGGGAACAUUUGGACAUUUCCCAAGAUAUUAUGACCCAUGCUUGUAAAUUAGUUGAAAGGACUUCGUUUAAUCAAACCCUCCAAAGUUUGGGACUACUUGAUAAACCAUUGUCUAUAAAUCAGCAAUCGCAUCCAACCCAAAAAAGUGCUUCAACGUCCGAUUCUAAAUCAGAGUCCGCUCCAGAAAUUAAUUUAAAUUUGGUAAAGUCUUUGUGUAUUCCGCCCAAUGCCAUUAAUAGCAAUUUGGCAAAAAAAUGUUUGCAACUACUGUAUGACGAAGUGAAUACGGAUAUGGAAUUCGAAGUGGUAUGCACCAAUGAAAAUAGGGACAAUAUCGAGACGCCCGGUGCGACGGUAUCCCGAAAAUGCGUCAUAAAAGCUCAUCGAGUGAUUGUAGCGGCAAGAUGUGAUUGGUUUAGACGAGCGUUGCAGUCGGGAAUGAGAGAAGCUAUUGAUAAGAAAAUUAUCAUACACGAUACAAAUCCAGCAUUAUUCCGAUUGUUAUUGGAAUAUUUAUACAGCGGCCAAUUAAAGCAAACCCAGUUCUCGUCAGAAAAAUUGCUUGAGUUGGUACUUCUGAGCGAUAGAUAUGAAAUUGAUUCGCUAAAACAGAUUUGUGAAUACCACCUAAGGUCGACUAUCGAUGCUGAAUCUGCCUUGUAUUUUUUAUGCAUCGCGGAUCGCUACAACGCCAAAAUAUUAAAGAGCAAGUGCAUAAACUUUAUAUCACAACACAAUGAGAUCACGGAGAGCGAGGAGUUCUUGGACUUACCGAUUUCUCUUCAAGCGGAGAUAUUCGAUACCGUCUGGACCCAACCAAAAUCGGGAGAAGUUUUCUUUUGCAAUGCCACGGAUGAUGUGAACUUUACCGACGAUGUAUUUAUUUUUAAUUCAAAUACAAGUUCCCAGGAAGAGUUGCUUACAAAUCAUACGUCAACCAGGUUGGAAGGUUGCAUAAUGCAACUUCGGAACAUAAUUGGUGAUUCGGCUCCACGAUCCUAUCUUGUGCAGAUUAUAUUGGCGGCCGAUUACAAUUUGCAUCGUGCAGUCAACUUUUAUUAUUCCGACAAUAGCUAAUAAUACUUGAGGAAGCGCGAGACAGAAGUUAUGGACUGUUUUGAACAAAGGGAUUCACUUGUUUAUUGGACCGAUGUUACAAUUCUGAGGACUGGAGGCUUUUUAUUGAGUCAUCCAAGAGAAGUCUGAAUCUGUUCUUUUGCAUAACGGAAAUGCUCUUGCUUUUGUACCUGCUGUAAUUUAACUCUGGGCCCAAAAAAUAUGUUUUUCGAAAGUUUUAUUUUUCCAAUAAAAAUUCUCUUACCACCGUUACAUAUUAAAUUAGAACUAAUGAAGCAGGACGUUAAAAGAUUAAAGGUUGUGCAUUUUUUUAAAUACCAUGGUUGAAUCUGAUAAGGAUGCAUGAUGUUCUGGUACAUAAUGUAAAAUGUUCUCUAGGAAACAACAAAUAUCCAAAUUACAAAGACAUUGUAGAAAACAUGUUAGAGAAAUUUAAGGAAAUGGGAUGCGAUAUGAGAACAACACUACACUUUUCACACUCACAUCUGGACUGCUUUUCCGAAAGUUCUGCUGCCGUGAGUACGGAGCAAAUGGAAUAUAGAUGGAACGCUGCAGUGAUGCCAGAUUACUGCGGGUGAUUAAAAAAAUCCACUGAACGAUGUUUUUCGGCCGAGGGGGAAAGAUCUUCCAAAAAUAAAUGAAUUUAACCAUUGUUUGACACUUUGUUAUUUAAUUUAGAUUUUUUAAUUCGUUGUUUGUUCUUGCAUUAAUAAAAAUAAUAUGUUAAUCACCAAAGGUAAAAAACCUUCGUGAUAGAGGAAAAGGCUUAUAAAAUUUAAAUUUAAGAGGCCCAAAAAAUCAACUUUCAAAGGUUUGAAAAUUGUUGCCCUGUGUUAUUUGGACAGCUUGAAUGCUUAAAAUUUUGUAGUAUGUAUUAUAAUAAAUACGUAAUAGUUGUUAAGGUAGAAUGGAUUAAAUUACAUAUUCCUCCUUCUGGAGAGUAUCUUAAGAGUGUGCCCUGGUGUUUUCGUUUGUUUUGUUGGAUCAGGUUGUCAUGACACUUUCUGAAUGCUGUAGAAAAUAAUAAAAUUAUAUAUUGUUUUGUUUCCGAUAUUCAGUGUUAUAUGACAAGGAUUUUUUUUUCUAAAACGAGAAUGAAAUAAGUAGUGUCUUGUUCUUGUAAUGUAUUUAAGUGGAAUGGUUGUUCAAGCUUUGUUUACAGCACUACUAGAGAGUUUUUAAUUUAUACCCAUUUUCCUCCCGUCUUUUUCAGAGUACUAUCCCAUGUUUCUCCAGGUCUUCCUUUCUCCCCGUCUUUAACUUUUUAAAACUCUUUUAACCGAUACAGUGCUACCUAAUCUGUGUAAAUGGCCUAUCCAAUGGUACUUCUCUCAUAUGUAUAUGUGCAUUUCCAAUUUUGACCCUUGUAUCUCCUUUUACUCUUAAUUAUUUCAUAUCUGCUGCUCCUAUUUUACUUUUGUGCCUAUUCUAAUGAUUGGUCUGUAAAUCUUUUAUAAACUUUCAGUUUAGUUUAAUUGGAAAUUGGUAUCUGGUCUCAAAUCUUCAAAUUUUCUUCUAGAGCACAUCGCGAUACACUGAUACGUUUUAGUUGUCGAUAUACAACGUAAAGGAGUUUUCAUCACUGUUCUGACAUUCUAAUUAGAUGGUCCAUAUCAUUUAUAAAUGGUAAAGGGCCCAGACUACCACCCGUUACUUUAUCGAAUGCUUUUUCCGUAUCCAAGAAUACGAUGUGAACCGCUUUCGAUCGUGCCAAUUUUCUAAGAAAUUGCUUUUUAGAAUGAAUACGUGCAAUUGCAUGUUUCUGCAUUUUCGGAAUCAACUUUGGUGGUUCUAUUUUAGAUCGUAUUCUCUUUUUAACAAUUUGUGUAAUGAUAUAUUUGUUGCAGUUCUUGCUAUCAUUUUUGCCUAUUUCUGUUUAAUCUAUGUCAACUGACACAAUGUAAUUAAAUCCGGAGAAUGGAGAAAAAUACAAAAAAUUAAGUACGAUUUUGAGAUUCAUGCUAUAAAAAAAUUAUAGAACGAAGAAAUACAAAUACAAAAAUUAAAAUAGAAAUGAAGCGUUCGCACGAAUAAAGGACUAUGUUACAAAUUUUCUAAAAUCUAGUUUUCAUUGCAAUAGAGCUCUAGUCUUUAUUGUAUUAAUAGUUUGGUUAGUAUGUCACUUUUGGUAGAGCGACUUUAUAGGAAGAGUGUGAUCAUGGAGUCUCACAACGCCAUAUUUCCUUCAAAAAUAUUAGCAUUUUCAUGGGCAAACACCACAAAUUCGACAUUUACCGCUCCACAAAUUAACAGAUUAUCAAACAUCACAGCUUAUUGGAAAACAAUAAAUAUAGUGUGGUGUUUGCCCAGAAAAAUUCUAACAUUGUGCAGGAAACAUGGCGUCCUAUUUUGCAUGUCAGAAGGACCUCUAUCAAUUUUGGAAAUUUUUGACAUUUAUGUAUAUACAUUUUUCCAUCCAUCUUUAGAGCAUAUGAUGCAUAACCUAAAUUCUUCCCGACUAAAUAUUUUUUCUGGGUUUUCUUUGGUAAUCACCAAUGUUUCUAUUUCUUCCUACCCUCAGUAAUGGUAUCAUGGAAUAUCCUCGUCAACAUCCUUGUGACCUUUAACCCUUUCCCCCUCGAUUGUCCCCCUACCAUGUGUUUCUUGUCUUUCAUCAGACUGUAGCUUUUCUUGCAGGUUUUAAUUUUCUAUAUGUUAUUCUUCUAAAAUACGAAAGUUAUUUUCAUUUUGCACAUUUUCCAUAUCCAUAUAUCCACAUCCAAAUUAGGUAGAGUCAAAGGAGAAAAUCCAGCUUUACUGUCAACUUCACAUAAUGCUUUAUAUCCAAUUAUUUUGUAGUAGGAACUAUUCUUCUGAAACUGUACGAAAUAAGAACCUAGUGACCAGUUUUUUGAACUAUGGUUGUACAUGCUCUAAGCAUAUUUUCGAUAUCUUGAUGGUUUCUCUUUAUCCUUCCUUGUGAUUGUUGGUCGAUCCUGAAGAAUUUUUAAAAAUGGCCAAAUUUUCACCAUUUCCGGUAUCAGAUACCGUGAAUUCUCGACCGUUAUCGCUUCGAAGUAUACUAGGUGACCUCGAUAAUUAACCAACCAACGGUACGGACUAUCCGGACAGGCUUGAAAAUCCAUAAGAUCUCCUUGUCCUCUAGAGUAAAAGUUUGUUCAAAUAAUAGGUUCUAUGGUCAGAUUUGCAUGAGACUGGUUCUUUCUCUCUUGGCAAACUUGAGAUGUUUCAAGCAAUUUUUCUAUUGCAUAUAUUUCAACGUCAUGUUUUGCUUUUAAGUUGUGCAUUAUUUUAUCCCGGCCGCCAUGAUCAAAAUCACUGUGCUUCACAAACAAUAUUAAAUAUUUUUUCAUACCACGGAAACAUACUUGCCUACACCAUGUUUGUCCUAUUUAAUUACAAUUUUUUCUUCCGCCACUUCCAACACGUCAUAUAAAGUUUGCUUAGCUCGCAGAAUUUCUGUGGCAACCUAAAAGAUUUUGUUUUAAGCAAUAUUGUUAUCAAAAACGGUACUAGUUCAAAUAAAACAAAUUCCACCAAAUUUACACGAACUGUAAAUUUAUUGUAACUGACUGCUGUGUAAUUCUUAAGUCAUUUUUUAUUAACGUUAGGUACGAUAACUGGCACGUAUCUGCUUUAAUUUAUAGAAAAUA